CUUCCGGGUCUGAGAGAGGAGGGGCUGGGGCCUGGACUCCUGGGUCCUGGGGCAGCAGGAAGGGGGCCCGGGACACAAACACCUGAGUACCAAGAGGGGAGGAAGACAGGAAGUUAAGGCUUGUUCUGUCGGAGAGAGAAGAAAAUGGUCCGGGUAGAGGAAGCAGUCGCUUUCUGGGAGGGAGGUUUUUCCGAUGGAGAUGUCAUCACUAAGAUCGCCCUUCCCACUCAGGCCCGGCCUGUGGGGAACUCCAGCUUGAUAGAGAGGAAGGGAGAGGGGAAAGCCAGUGGGGGGAGGAGGCAGGGUCACCAGGGUCCCACGCCCAACUGCCUCAGGACAGAAACUGCACUCAGAGCGGCAGGCACCUGCAGGUCUGGAUUCUCUGUCCCCAAGGAGACCCCGGCAUGUGGGGAUACCUGUCCCUGCUGCCUGCCUUCCUGGCAUUCUGGGCUACUGCUGGCAUCUGGACCGUUUUUUCGCUUGCUGUGGCCAACAAGGCUGUGAACCUCACGGAAGGCUUCCCCUAUAUCAGUCGAUGUGGAAAUAGCCCCCCUCAGAGCUGCAUCUUCAGCCAGGUGCUCAACUUGGGAGCUGCUUUGGCCGCCUGGACCUGCAUUCUCCGUUACCAGCAGCUUCGGGACUGGGGGGUCGGAAAGUGGCCACUGAAACUCCUGCAUCCCAGGGACCUCUCCAUCCUGCGCAAACCAGGACGGCCGGCCACCCUCCUCCAGAACAGUUCAGGAGCCUCUGUUAGCGGAAAGCUCCGCUACCUCUGA